UGUCACGUGACUUCGCUGCUAUCAACCAGUCGGUUUGCCCCUCACUAAAACGCGGGUCGGAUUACGCUGGUCGCGUCAUGUUGGUGCUGGUUUUUGGCUGCAAAUGCAGCUAAUAUUGCAAACCAUCCCUAGAUACCUGGGUACCUUAGCUACGAAACCUCCCUCAACUACCUACACCCCGAUCAACAAACCGACGAAGUGUCCUUCAAUCAUCAUCUUGUGGCCAUUCCUCAUUGAUACUACCAGAAUGAAACAGCUGGGCUCUUAGCAUUGCCAUACAAUGGUCCCCCAACGCACUCCACAGCAGAGCUGCUGCCUCUCCAACCUUGACCAAUCUGAGAGAGGCGAACCUAUACAUGUCGCUCGGGAAUUUCCGAUUAAAGCUCUUGCCUUUUUCCGAGAUUUUAGCGAUGACGAUGUUGUCGAAAUAGAACCACCAGCAAAGCGCCGUAAACAUGAUGACGAACCUCCCAUCGAAGUACACCAGGCUGAACUUGUCAUCUCAAGGAAAAAACAAUCUUGCUCAACACCCGAACACUCUUUCGCAAGGGUGAUAGAUGGAGAAUGCAUUAGGGUACAAGAGUUCCGGGAACCUACCACGACAGCUCUGCGCCUGGGACGGCAUCUUGAUGAUGACUCGUUUUCGCUAUCGAUCGACAUGCCCAAAGGCAUACCGCAGGACAUAUCUGCCUUCAUCAACUUCUCCGACUCCCUUCCCCGAGGGCGCCAGGCCGGCAGAAUCAGACUCAAGAGCGAACUGCACUUUGCUGCUCAGAGCGAACAAGUGACCCUCCGUCUCAGGUUCACGCUAUUAUGGCAAUCGAUGAAGACUUUCCAUGCCCUGCGUUCAUCUGGAAACCUUGCUUAUAUCCAUGAUGCGAGGCAAGCAAUGCUAUCAGCCAUACUUCCUGGCCUGCCCGUCGAGACUUCAGAGGGAUCACCUCAGGAAUUCUACAAAGCCGCACACUCUACCAAGCCGGAGAUCUUUGACAUGCCCGUACCAGGACUCAAAGCCGUCUUGUACCCUUUCCAGAGACGUGCCGUUCGAUGGCUGCUGGGACGAGAAGGCAUAAGCUGGGAACCUCCAGCUGCAAGUGCCAUUUCGACGACCGUUGCAUCGUAUGAAGGCCCCCGGCAAGUGCCACCUGGCUUCACAGAACUUCAGGAUGUGCAUGGUGCCAAGUUUUACGCCAGUGACUUGCUUGACGUGGCCACCCGUGACAUUGAUGGGAUCCCAUACAGAGUAGACACCAUCAAAGGAGGCAUCCUGUCCGAGGAAAUGGGGCUGGGCAAAACCCUGGAAAUGAUUGGCCUCAUUCUUCUGCACCCUGCACCUCCAUGUUCAAUUGUAAGAAUGGGUGGUAACUCGCAGAAACCCGAAUUAAAGCCUACUGGGGCUACCUUGAUCAUAACACCAACAACUCUGCGCGCGCAAUGGGUUGCUGAGUUGAAAAAGCACGCACCGUCCUUGAGCGUCAUGAUUUACCAGGGGAUGAAACGGUCAUGCUUUGACAUAAGGAAUUCAAAUAAAGGCCAAAGCGAAUCGGCAAUGCUCGAAAAUUUCAUGUCUCAUGAUGUGGUCAUCAUGACUUAUAACGAACUCAGAGCUGAGAUACACUUUGCUUCACCACCCCCGGACAGAUCCCGGAGACAAGAGAGGAAGUACGCCCGCCCACUCUCGCCUCUGGUUCAAUGUUUAUGGUGGCGAGUGUGUCUGGACGAGGCGCAAGAGGUCGACUCAGGUGUGAGCCAGGCCGCCAUCCUCGCUCGAACGAUACCGCGCGUGAACGCUUGGGCAAUAACAGGCACUCCUAUCAAGGAUGACAUUACGGACCUCAAGGGGUUGCUGAAGUUUCUGCACUGUGAACCCUUCACACAUCACAGUAUAUGGGGAGAGCUCGUCCGUCGCCAAAGUGACUUCCACGCUAUAUUCAACACGCUUGCCCUUCGCCACUCGAAGCAACUUGUCAGGGACGAGCUCGAUUUGCCUUUGCAGAAACGCUAUGUGAUCAAAAUUCCCUUCAAUGCGGUCGAGGAUCAGUAUUACCAGAGACUCUUUCGUCGGUUGGUGAAGAAUUGUGACCUCAAUGAGCAAGGAGAGCCCACAGUCGAUGAUUGGGAUCCCAAGGACUACACGGCUGUCAUGCGGAACUGCCUGGACACACUGCGGAAGGCAGCUCUUCAUCCACAUGUGGGAGCGGGGAAUCAAAUGCUCCCUCGAAACGCUCUCCGGACCGUAAUGCAAGUCCUUGAUCACAUGCUUCUCGAAGCCGGAAGCAGUCUUUCAACAAAACAGCGUGCUCUCCUGACCAACAGGAUCACGCAGGGUCAGCUACUUGAGAAUUCGCCCCGAAAGAAAGAGGCUUUGGAAAUUUGGCUGCAAGUCCUCAGAGAAACGGAACCUUUGAUUAAAAAUGUGCGACAAGAAUUGCUUGAACAUCAAAAACCCGUUGACAAGGAACGGAAGCAACGGCAAAAACUGGAAAAGCUUAUAAAAGCGAAAGCCGCCCAGGAAUCAGGUAAUAACUUGGGUUCGGGCUCGGACUCGGACUUGGACUCGGACUCUUCAUCCUCCAGCGCAACCUCUUCUCUCUCCGAGUCCUCGUCUCCGGACGAUGAGAGUCUCGCAAAGCGCUUGGAUAAUGUGCGAAGGAAGUUGAAAUUCCUUCUCGAGAUCCAGGCUGAGAUGCAAAGAAAAUUGAGAUCACUCCUGGAGAUUGAGCACAAGGUGGUAUUUUUCAUUGGUAAUGCGUACUUCCAAAUCAAGAGCGACGAGGACAUGACCGAGCCUGACUCGGAAGAGUUUAAGCAACUUGCUAAGCUCGAGGACGAAUACUACGCUCGUGCAAAAAAGAUUCGUCAGGAAAUACUGCAGGAAGCCAACCAGAAAGCCACGUGCCUGAUGACCAGGAUUGAAGCCCGGGCAAAGAAGCAAGACUUUGUCGUCAUCCCGGAGCUGACUUGUGAUUUGAGGCCUGGCGUUGAGACCAUGUCUAUUGUGGAUAGGGUCCAAGUGCUGUGUGAGACUCUGAACGAUCAAGCCAACUGGUUGGAUGAGUGGCGUGAGCGGCUCAUUGGCCUCCUGUGCAAGCCAUUGAUCGACGAAGAGGAAGAGGUAACUGGCGACGAAUAUGGGGACUCCACUAAGGUACAGGAGGAGAUUAUUGUAUAUGUUCAAGUCAUCAGGGCCACAAUCGCCGAUCGUCUAGCAGCCAUGUCCGGGCAGCAGGUCUCCAAGCUUGUUGUUGAUGAGACGCGAGUCUCUCUCGCUCAGGCUACGAAAGGGGAAGGUCCCGCUCCGGAGCUGCUGAUUGAACUGCUUGCGACUCGCGAUAAGAUCGCACCGGGACCGGGUUCGGACUCUAUAAGGGGAUUCCUUGGGGAGCUGAGGACUUUGGCGACGUCACUGAGGUCGCAAGGCUCUGGGCGGGCGCAGCUUGAGUUGGGAAUUGUCGAGAAACUUCAAAAGUCGCUUGCCGACCAGUCUUGGGACCAGAGCAAGGCUCAUACUGCCUUGGAGUCGGAAAUUGACAAGUUCACAACCAUCAUGAAUGCCCGAGUUGAUUAUUAUCGACAACUUCAGGCCAUCUCAGACGAUGUUUCGCCGUAUGAUGUUAUACUUGACAAAGACGGCGAGAGAGAUGAAGACGCGACGGCUCGGGCUAUGUUUUCCCUUAAGAACGAGGAGGAAAGGCUCGCUCAGAUAGUGGAAAAGGUUGGCACUGAACACCGCUACUUGAUUAAUUUGAAGAAUGCUGGCGACAAAGAGGAAUCUCGCAUUUGUCCCAUUUGCCAGACCGACAUAACCAACGGGGUUAUGACCAUGUGCGGCCACCAGUUCGACAAGGAUUGUCUACUUGAGUGGUUAAAACGGGCUCCUACUUGUCCCACUUGCAAGCGUGAGGUGCAACGGCACCAGCUUCACUCUUUUAUUCUCAAGGCUCAAGAUCUGAAGCUUGUCGACAACGAUGGCAAAAUUGGAGGUGAAUCCAUGCCCACUAAGGCAAACAACGGCUAUCAACCCGUGAGAAGUGAGACGCGAACUGGAGACGGGAUAUAUGCGGCUUUUAAUUCCCAGAGACUGGCACAGAUCCAGUCCGUGAGGCUGGAACACCCCUCUUUUACGACAAAGGUCGACGCCAUUGUCCGGCACAUUCUGUGGCUGAGAAUGAGCGAGCCUGGCGCAAAGUCAAUCAUAUUCUCGCAGUAUACAGGCUUCUUUGGUGUUCUUUCGGCGGCCUUUACGAAAUACCGGAUUGGAUUCUCGUCCAUUGGCGAGCAGAAUGGCAUCGAGCGUUUCAAACAAGAGGCCGGGAUUGAAUGCUUCUUCUUGCACGCUCGCGCGCAGUCGAGCGGCCUAAACCUAGUCAACGCGAACCAUGUCAUUCUCUGCGAGCCGCUGCUCAACACGGCCCUCGAGCUGCAGGCGAUUGCGCGCGUGGACCGAAUCGGUCAGACCCAGGACACGACGGUGUGGCUGUACAUGGUCGAAGGCACCGUCGAGCCGACGAUUUAUAGCCUGUCGGUGCAGCGGCGUCUGGAGCAUAUGGACCGCGUCAUCAAAGAAAACACGGAUGGCGGCUGUUUCCUGGACGAAAAGACAGUCGAGGCGGCCAACUCGUUAGAGUUGCAGCAGGCGAGCUUGACCAAGCUAAUGCGAAAGGAGAAGGGUGCCGCAGCCGGUGAAGAGAUUCCCGCCGAUGAUCUUUGGAAGUGUAUCUUUGGGCAUGUCAAAAAGGACGAGAUGGAUGAAGAGGAUGCGGAGGAUAGGUUGCGGAAUGAUGUUGUAGUCAGGAGAAGAUUGUUGGGUGAUGCUGUGGAACAAAGGAUGAACGAUAGUGAGUGAGUGGAGUAGGUGAUACAUGGGAAAACAGCACAGGGGAAAAACAGUUACCCUCAUUGUCACCAUUGACUUGUGGCUAAGAAGACGGACCAGCUAUUUAAAAAAUUAUUUGUAAAUUAGAACGCUUUGGGGAUAUUAACAGGCAGCCAAGCGUCUGUGAUGACUGAAUAUACGAGGCUGAUUAUCUUGGG